GCCGUAGUCAAGUCCCGAUCGUAUUAUAAUAUGUCGAGUCCCUGGGUAUCGACGGAGAAUUAGGAGAGACUGUGCCCCAUUCUUCUCACCAUAGAACGGAAAAUUCCACUCCCCUUCUUUUACGAGAGACGAAAACUGGUUCUCUACCACAUUAAAGUCCGUGCUCGUCUCGUCCACCUUCUUCUGUGAACUACAGAAGGGUUUAUGCGGGGCCUGCUCUUCCACGAAAUCCACUUGUCUUCGAAGCCUCGCCAUAAUCUCGUUCAGCCCUGGAUCUAUAUCUUCAUUUCUCGAAUACAGGCGAUUCAGCAUGAAGGGUCAAGUGCUCACUCCGGAUGGACUCAAGGUGGUGGAGCUUCCUGGAUCUCCUGGAGAUAGCAGGGAUUGCUCUGGGGAGUUUGAUUCGGAUGACAGCGUCAGUGACGCAACACCAACAUCCUCGACAAGGUUUUACAGAUUUCCCGUCUCCAAGCUCCGACAGCUUCUGGUCAAAUGGAAGCGGAGCCCUCACUACGCCGACUCUAUGGAGCUCCACGACUCCGUCAUCGAGAAGCCGAUCUCAUGGCGUCGCUCUUCUCGUCAUCUCUUCAGAAAUUACAUGGUGCCGGCUGAAGUCCAGAGCAAUUGAGGCAAGCUGUGAGAUCAAUUAGCACCCAGAGAAGAUGAUGGAUAGUUUAAACUUUCUUGGCGCCGCUCAGAAGAUGAAGGCCACAUUCGUAUAGAGGACGUAGAGUACCAUUCAACAGUUGCACUCCCGUCUCCUACUACGAUCAGACCAGGGUUAACGUCCGAUCCUCUCAACUUCCUGCAAUUUAUACAUUGCGGAACGAUUCAGAUUUUCGGCCAAUGUUACUGGA